GGCAUGUCAACAUGAAAUUACAUUUCCAAAAUUCACUAUGCCGUCAUAAAUAUAAAUAUAAAUCUUUUCAAAACGCAAGCCUAGGCAGCUAGCCGUCAACCAUGGUAACUGUUUUUAAAAGAGGCUCAGUAAGUUUCUGAUCACAAUGUCAAAAUGCAACAAAGUGAAAAACCCAUGUAAGAUAUGCUUAGGACCUGUAACGUGCAAGAACGGCUUACAAUGCCAUGGUGCCUGCCAGAGUUGGGCGCACUACAAGUGCCUGAAUUACACCCCUGGCAAAAUCAAGGAUAUAAAGGCCGGAAUCAUAAAAGUAACAUGUCCCUGCCCAGACUGCAGGACGAGCAUGCCAAAAGAAUACAGAACGGACACGGCAUACAGUUGUAACAAUUCUCAAUGCCCAGCAAACAGACCACCCAAGUGUGAUAAUACGCAGUGCCCAAUCAAUAGCGAUCAGAAGUGUGGGCGACCGAAAGUGCCCAGUUGUGCUCUCGGUACAUGUGGUAAUGAAUGCAAGCAGUACAGUAGUAGCCAUCAAAUGAGUAAUGGUGGCUGUCCACCUCCACUGCCGCCGCCGUGCAAUCAGUACAGCAGCGCGCCAUCUCCGAUGUCAUCUUCCGACGCCUGCCUAUCCUCCGAGAGAUGUGCAUCUGGCUGCUCGUCUACGAAUGAUAUUCACGGAGACGGUGGUAUGUUUCAGGGCAGCACGCCUUCCUUUCAUGUUGUCGAACAAAUGUGUAACACUGUUGGCCAACUCACGAAUCAAAUAAAUGAACUUAUGAUGCAGAUGAAGGAAGUAGUUAACAGUAAUAGGGGGGGUGCGGGCGGUGGUGGGGGUGGGUGUUGUCCACCACCUAAAGCAACUUGUCAACAAAAAGGACCAAAAUCGAUGUGUCCAAAGCCUUGCUUCUGCCCGGGAAACCCAGCCAGACGAAAUUGAUAAGAUGAUUAAAUAUAUGGGUGCUUUACAUCCCCUGUCUCUUAUCAAUUUAUUAAUAGUUUUUGUCCUCAUUACUUGUAAGCAGGUCUGCGUUUUUAAUGCAAAGUUAAAGUGUAUUAUUCGUUUUUUACGUUUAAUUCACUGCUCAGGACUUGUUGUGAGCAUUUAAG